GAAUAAAUUCGAAUUGGUAACCCUUGUCGUUCGAAAUUUCUGGUUUUUUUUUUCGAAAAUAAUAUAAGAAUUUGACAAUCAAUGAUUUGCAAAUAGAAAAUUAAGAAAAAUUAAAACGAACGGUUGAUAGAUAACAAACAUUUAAGUUCAAGUGUGAUUCAAUAACACCAAGAAAUAGAAAAAGGAAUAUUAAAAUUUUUUAGUGAAUAUUUUAUAAAAAUUCAAAGCAUUAAAUAUGGUUAGACGUGGACGUUCUGCAAGCCCCCCACCAGCUACAAGAAGAGCGGCUCCAGCUCCAGCACCUACUCCUAAUGUUCCUGCUCGUGCAGCUCCAGCACCUCCACCACCAGCUCCCAUGCAAGCUGCCCCAUCAGCGGUAGGAGCUCCACAGCAACCGUCCAUGUUUCAACAAAUGGCCGCAACUGCAGGAGGAGUUGCUGUUGGUUCUGCUAUUGGGCAUACUGUUGGUCAUGGUCUCACAAGUCUUUUCAGUGGCUCUGAUAAGGAAACAGCGGCACCUGCCGCAGCUGCUCCCGUUGCUCAACCCCAACAAUACAGUGGUAUCGCUCAACCUAAUGAACCACAAGGACCAUGCAGCUGGGAAAUUAAGCAAUUCUUACAGUGUGCUCAAGGACAAUCAGAUUUAACUCUGUGUGAAGGUUUUAAUGAGGCUUUGAGACAGUGCAAAGUUCAACACCAUUUGCAAUAGAUGCAGUGUUACAUAGUUAAAUAUUUAUGGAUCGAGUAUUGUUUAAGAUGUUUUAAGACUCGAAAACAACAACAAAAAACACGCAAAAUGUAAACUAAUUUUAUUUUGUUUUAUUUUUAAUUAGAAUUAUUAUAAUAACUUUAUGUUUAUGUAAAAAAAAAUUCCCAAUAAAAUCACUGGUAGCAACAGUAGUCAUCAAAUAAAUAGAUUUAAAAAAGCUAAAUUCUCCCC